AUGCGAAAGAAUAGCAGCAAGACUCGGUGGUCGCUUCAGCCCAAACACGACGUGAGUAUAAAUUUGAUUCACCAAACGUCGCCCUUUAAAGCUAUGCGAUUUGGCCUUCUCCUCGCUCGGGAAUACCCCUUGCGACCAGAGCAGCAUCAGUCCGCUAUAUCUGUACCCACCAUUCGAGCAACACUGCUACUAUCAAGUUCUGACGAAAUUAUACGACUCAACGCGCUUGCCUGGAAAGUAGGCACGUCGUUCUUCGGCUUCACAGCUGACUUCGGCGAUGCAGGAGUCCGACAAUAG